AAUAGACGUGUAAGUCAGCCGUGGUGUAUAAGUAUAGGACAGCGCAGAGUGCUUGGCCUUUACAAUCAAUAUUUUGACGAGUAGACCUAUAUUUCACGCAGAAUUGUUUUUGGCUCACGUGAUUCGGUAUGAGAAUAUAUAUUCGAUUUUCGUUUGUGAACGCUAGCUCCAUGCAGUGAUGAAUGCGCAACAUUAUUCACGGUGGCGAAAUUACAUGGAUUUUCUUCCUCGGUGGACUGUUUUGCCGUAGCUUGGGAACUGGGGAAUUGGACUAGCAGAAACCACGUGCAAUGUACGAAAUUCCAUGAGCCGUGAAUGAUGCUGGUAGGGUUUUGUGUGAUGGAAAGAAAAGAUGAGAAGGUUGGAUAUUGUACAUGGUGCAGGCUUGUUGAUACUGCAUUGAUUUCGCUGAGUCUUGCGUCUCGAUGCAGAAAUGUUGGCUUAAUAAUCGACAGGAUUUCAAGAGCUAGAGGAGCUUGUGAUGGGACGUGGGAGGUGUUGAAUAUUCCAGUUUGACCAAGGCACAUGUAAACAUGAAAUUUUUAAAUCGCCAGAACGUCACUUAUUGGGUAAGUCGGCUACCCAAAAUAAUGCAAGAUACAUUUUGAUUUGCCUAGACAUUGGAGAACUGGUCUUCCAAGCGGUGGCAAAAGUUUCAACGGAAUCUUGAACUUUGAACCGCAAGAGGCAGUGAAUAAUGGUUCUUAAUACAAAGAAGAAACAGGAGAGUAUCCCUCUGGUUACCAGGGACUCGAUGGCUACUAGUCACGGUGGCACGGAUUCCUCAGCGGACUCCUCCCCUGAACGCCAUGCCGCUGGGUCCGCCGACUGCAGACGUCCUGCCCACGAGUCGCCGACUGACCAUCACCCGCUCCACCGGCGGGCCUUCACGCAGAUUCUCAUCUUCCAGAGCCUCAUCUCGGUGGCCUUCCUGGCCGUCCGGGAGAACAUCGUGCUGUACUGCACCGAGGUGCUGUUCUACCGGGAAGGCGGCGCGCCAAAGAUGAUCGAAGUGUACGCCGCGCUGGUGCCGUGCCUGCCGGUGUUCGGCGGGCUGCUGGCCGACACUUGCGCAGGCCGAUACAGGAUGGUCAAAGUUGGAGCCUUCACGACUCUGGCAGGCUUGCUCCUUCUCACCUUGGACGUCAUCCCCUUGGAGAACUGGUUUGCCCGCUCCAUCUCCAUCGAGGCCAAGCGGGGCAUCUUCAUCAUCGGAUUCACGCUUAUGUUCUUGGGCUUUGCCAGCUACGGGGCCAACGUUGGGCCCUUCGCCGCCCGCCAGGUGGAGCAGGCCGGAGAGAAAGCGGUCCGGACGCUGUUCCAUUGGUUUUACUGGUCGGCUUCCUUUGGCCUGGCUAUAGCUUUACCGAUAGCCGAUUACGUGGACAGAGUGGUCAAUUUCGGCGCCGGGUUUGGUAUUCUUUCCACUCUGCUGAUUAUUGGAAUCGUGGUUCUCAUGUGUCUGGGGAGCGACUACGUCGAAGUCCAGCCACAAAGAGACGCUCUGAUUAGGGUCCUAAAGAUCAUCUGGCAGGGUAUCAGGAACCGCGUGUCGGCCCGUUACGAUGACCAAGAAAGCGACAGUAAACAGGAGAGGCCAGACGGUACGCUUGACUACGCCAAGCACGAAUACGGGGGAAGCUACCGUCGUCUGAAUGUAGAUGAAGUCAAGCACUUGCUGAAGACUCUACCUGCGUUCCACACUGUCACCAUCUACGCGAUAGUCUACUAUUUUAUUAGAAGCAAUUACUAUGAACAGUUCAAAAGGCUCAAUCCGUACAUCGGCGAAGUCGGGGAAUCGGUCCAUAUUCCCAACGUGACCUUUGACCUCUAUUCCACCGGUGUGGUGCUGCUGUUCACCCCUAUAUUGUGCUAUUUGUACCCUUGGCUGGAGAAAAGGGGUUUCAGAGUGACACCUCUGCGUAGAAUAGGCGUGGGCGUGUUCUUCGCCGCCACGUCUGUUCUCUCUGCCAGCCUGGUGGAAUUCCACCGUAAGGCAGUCAUGGACGCAGGCGGCUCCUUCCCGAUUCCCAUCGGCAACGUGACAUAUGAGGCCGCCCCGCUGAGCUGCUUCUCGCUGGUGCCCCAGUACACGUUCGGUGGGUUGGGCGAGGCGUUCGUCCGCGUGGCAGGUCUAGAAUUCGCCUAUCUGGAAGGGCCUGAGCAUCUCAAGGGUUUCUCCACUGGGCUGUACAUUCUCAUGUCAGGGGUCGGGAGCUACAUCCUCGCCAGGUUACUUAUCCUUCUCAUUAAUGCGAUUUCAAGCGCAAGUCCGUGGUACGCCACUGAGAUCAAUGACGGCCACAUGCAAUAUUUCUUCCUCGUCCUCGUCGGCGUUCUCCUGUUCGAUCUCCUAUACCUGGGUCUCAUCUCCCGUAAGUUCGAGUACGCCCACUGGCGGGAGCGUGCAGCCCAGGAGGGGGCGGUCCCGGAUGUCGUGCCUGAGAACGAUCCCGUCACCUCCGGGUACUCCAGGGUAGCCGACACAUCUGCCAGCGAUGCGGAAGGGUCGUCAACGCGCGGCGGCGGCGACUCAGGGAGCUAGUUGCGUUAACCGUAAGAUGGGGACGCUUAUUUGGAUGAUUGUGUGGGCGGAAGGUUUUUGGUUUGUAUUGGAGGUCAGUUAGAGGGAAUUUCAGCUUUCAAGCUUUGAAUCGGUACCCUUUCUCUAUUAGUUGGCCCCUUUUAAAGUUUGUCUUAAUUUAUUCACAUAUUAUUCAUAACUUAAUUCAGCAGGAAGAAUAAACAACAGCAACAGGUAAUUAGAUAGAACAUAAACUCAAAAUAAAAAAAUACCAAAUAUUCUUAAAGAGGACCAAAAUAUUUUUUAAAGGAUUCAAAUACUAGAGAAAACCCUAACAUCAGAAUAAGCCGUGCUCCUGCGGGAUUGUUAAAACUAACUUUGUCAAAUAACUCUCCCUUUGCAUGCAUCGCAAACUUUUCAUUGCCCAAAAUUAUUUCGAUAAAAACAUAAACAGAUUCGGAUGGCUCUCUCGCACCACGACAAGUAGUUCCAAGUGGACGCUGUUACCAGCAGAAUUUCAGAGCUGUGAGAAACGUUACUGCAGUAUCUCUCCAGAAUCAGGUGCUCUGACGAGGGCAUCGGGGUAAUAUGAAACAGUUGAGGCUUCUAAGACGGGAGCUCCCUCAAAGUUCAACCGUUUUCCCUCAAAGGAUUAAUGCCCAAACAGUGGCGAUAGUCCCUGCCCAAUGAUUUCCUGACGACCCUUGAUAAAGAAUCUUAGGUCAGGCAUCGCCCACGGAUAUAAAUAGACAUGACGCAAGGGUCAGCGGGCACAAGUUGAAAGCCCGGAUGUUUUCGAUUUCAUUCCCUUACGUGGUGGGUUCCAGUUUAGCUGAGUGUUCCCUAUAGUAAUGAGGCGCACUUGAAAAAUCUCUGAAAAUUCCAAAUCAUAUAUACAUGAGCAUUUUGAAAUUCUUUUUAAGUUGACCAAUUCUGGCACAGCAACAUUGCUUCCACGCACACACCCAUCAACAAGUGAGUUGUUUGUAACUUUGUUGUGAUAGGCCAAUGCAUGAUUGUUGACGGUUUACGUUCAACAAGCUCACCUUCCCGACCGUGAAUAACCGAACAUCAACGGUACCAUCCGAACAUCCAGAAUGUAUACAUGUAGACGGGACGAAUUCGGAAUA